AUCUAUUAGUCUCCCCAGAGUUUCAAUCUGUGGUUGUUUGAGUUCAGCACAAGUGAUUUUCAAAUGACUUAAGUUCACUUAUGUGGGCUACAUAUUUACACUGACCGCUGAAUAAUUCUGGAUAUUGUGCAUUAGAUCUAUCUCGAACUGGUAUCACCUGUCAAUACACACACACACACACACACACACACACACACACACACACACACGCACGCACGCACGCACAGACACACACACACACACCUUCUUUACUUGUAUAUGUUAUUUGUUGUUCAGUAACAGCACUGACUUUAGGUGGCCAGGUCAUUAUGUUUUGAGGAUGGUAUUGGCAGUGUAGUUUAUGCAGUACUUCAACACUGACACGUUUCCUGUACAGCCACAGUCUCUCUCCAACACCUCCAACAUGGGCAGCCAAAGAAAAGACAGCUUCCUCUGGGGAAAAGCUUCCACAAUGCUUAGCUCAGUGGAGAGGCAGGAGAUAGACACCAUGAAGUUACACAAGAGUGACCUAUUAGAUGACAUUCAGAAGCUGAGGUUGGAGAUUGACAGCGUCAUGACGGAAAUCCACAACAUUGAGGCGGACGAGGAGAACAAAAAUGUUGUGAGAAACAAGAGGUUCUUAUGUGGGAAAAAGAAAUUCAACAUGGACCCUAAAAAGGGUAUUCAGUACCUGGUUGACAAUGACCUGUUGGAGUGGACAGCAGAGGCAGUGGCUGAGUUCCUAUACAAAGAGGAAGGACUGAACAAGACAGCCAUAGGGAACUUCCUGGGAGAGAGGGAGGAAAUGCACCUUCAAACUCUGAAAGCCUUUGUAGAACUUCAUGAGUUCUCCGACCUGAAUCUGGUGCAGGCACUGAGGCAGUUCCUGUGGAGUUUCCGUCUCCCUGGAGAAGCCCAGAAGAUUGAUAGGAUGAUGGAGGCAUUCGCUACACGCUACUGUGACUGUAAUGCAGGGGUCUUCCAGUCAACAGACACCUGCUACAUCCUGUCCUUUGCCGUCAUCAUGCUGAAUACCAGUCUCCAUAACCCCAACGUGAAGGACAAGCCCACUCUGGAGUGCUUCUUCAGUAUGAACAGAGGCAUCAACAACGGGGGUGACCUGCCCAAUGACCUGCUCAUGAAACUCUAUGAGAGCAUUCGGAACGAGCCAUUCAAAAUCCCAGAGGAUGAUGGGAACGACCUCACACACACCUUCUUCAACCCGGACAGAGAGGGUUGGCUGCUCAAAAUGGGAGGAAGGGUGAAAACAUGGAAGAGGCGGUGGUUUAUUUUGACAGACAGCUGUCUGUACUACUUUGAGUAUACCACAGAUAAAGACCCCAUAGGGAUCAUUCCCCUUGAGAACCUCUGUGUAAGAGAGAUAGAAGACUCAAUCAAACAGAAUUGUCUUGAGAUCUACAACCCCAGAGGGCAGAAGAUCAAGGCGUGCAAGACAGAGAACGGAGGCAGGGUGGUGCAGGGGAAACACCAGUCCUACAGGAUGAGUGCCGCCACAGCAGAUGAGAGAGAUGACUGGAUAGGCUCCAUCAGAGCAAGUAUCACCAAGGACCCCUUCUACGACCUGGUGUCAUUGCGCAAGAGGAAAGUCAUCAACAACAACAAUGCUUCACAGGACUGAGUCAUCAGACAUGAUAUAAAGCAUAAUGGGAAAUGAGUCCGGUAAUGGUCUGUAGAGGUCUGUCUCCGUAACAGCCAGUUUGUUGAAAUGCUUGGAAAUGAUGGACUGGUCCAAGUAAAUUGACAUGGUACAGAUUACAAUGCUGUACAGUACAGCAUUAGUGCAAUACUGUAACUCAGACAUGUUACCCAAAAUGAAAAAAUAGAAUUGUGACCUGUAUGUGGUUUACAGCUGUCAAACCAGAAACUCCCCAUACCUCAUACUGUAGGUCAAAUGUAAUGGUUCAAAUUAGAGUCGCUCAGUCUGUUAAAUUACUAGUAAUUUAGAAAGUGAUUUCUGUCAUUAUUUCUUAGAAAUAAGAAGUUAGAAGCAUGUGGGAGCGAAUCAGUUGUACUGAAAAUGAGUUGCAAACCAAAAUAAGUGUGUAGCACUGUAAGAAUAAUGCAUCAUUCUAUAAGGACAGAUUUGAACAUAUCGUUGAUAAAAUGUUGUUUUAUAUAGUUAUAGUUGUUUCUGUACAGGAAGCAUAGAACAAAGGGAACAUCACGUAAACAUUACGGAAAUGCAGCACCUUUUCACCUUGUAUCAGGCUCAGCAAUUUCAGUUCCUAGAAAACCUCUGCACUAUUAGCCAUUUCCUCUCACAAGGGUAUAGAAUUAGUGUUACGUGGACACAACUUCAACACUGAUUCAGUGUUGUGACGUUAUUUAAUUGUCUUAAAUGCAUUGUAUUCAUAUUUUUUUAAGUAUGUAUUUAUUUUUCAACUCAUAACAUACGUAUUUUGUAAAUACUGUAUUAUAAUAGGAAGUUAUUUUGCACAUUGCCUUUUAAGCACAGACAGUGAUAAUACAAAUGUCCGUAAACAUGCCUUAAUAAUGUUGAAUGAAUAAUACAUACAUAUUUUAUUAUAUUCAAAUAUGUGUGUACUUCUUUCACAACAGAUGACAGAUUAUAAUUACAUCAAACUGACCUAAAAAGUGGGCCUAAAGACCUUUCUCUUUAGCAAGGCUUUAUGUUGAUAGCGGUGCUCCUUGGUGUCCUUGUUCCUUGUAGUGUCAGCGGUGUUCUUUGUAUCAGUUUCCCUGUCUAGUUUAUUUUUAUUUUUUAUUAUGCACUUUGAGAUUAUUCUGUAUAAUGAAAAGCGCUUUACAAAUGUAAUACAGUACCUUAAUAAUAAUAUCAUACAGAUCUUAGCUAUAUACUGAACAAUAAUAUAAACGCAAUAUGUAAAAUGUUGGUCGCAUGUUUAAUGAGCUGAAAUAAAAGAUCUCUGAAAAGUUAAAAGUGUUCUCUAAUUGUUUUGGUACAAAUUUGUUUACAUCCCUGUUAGUGAGCGUUUCUUCUUUGC